AGAGAAGUGAAUUAAAAAAGAAAAUUAAAAGAAAACUUUUUGAAAAAAUAAAUAGAAAAAGAAACAAUAAAAAUCUUGAAAGAAAAAAUAAUAUUAAAAAUAAUUAAUUGAGAAAAGACAAUUUUAAUUGAAUAUCUUAAAUUAGGUUUGAUAAAAAAUCAUAUUACAAAAUGGAAAAGUUAAUAAAAAUUUCCACAUUAUUAGCAACGUUCUUAUUUACAAUAUUACUUGAUAAUAUCACAUCAGCACAACAAUUUCAACGUAGCAUUAAUCCAGCGUCUUCGAAUAUUUUAGAUAUUGAAAUACCACAAAAUUUUUAUGUAUUUAAACCAUCACCGUUACGUAAUGCACAACAAUUUUUACAAGAACCAUCAUAUUAUAGUUUUUUGAAUACAUUAUAUCGUCAUGAUAAAUCUAAAGCAAAUUUAUUUACAAAUCCACCACCAGUACAAAUUCCAUCACAGAAUUUAAAUAGAAGAAAACGUGCUGUAGUAUUCAGGCCAUUAUUCGUAUAUAGACAACAGGAAAUUAAAAAACAAAAAUAUCGUUCAACAAGAAGGAGAAAAGUAAAAGUACAUUAAGGCAUUUAAAAAAAUCAUAAAAGGAAUACUUUAAGUUAUUUUUUUUAUUAUUAUUAUUAUUAUUAUUAAUGAUUAAUUAAUUUUUGUACUUUACUUUUAUAAAAAGAUAGUUAUAACAUUAUAUAAUAUAUAUAUAUAUAUAUAGUUUAAGUAAUAUCUAUAAUUUAUAUACAUAUGAAAAAGAAUUCUAUAUAUACACUUAUUUAAAUUAUAUAAUUUGAAAUUUGACAAGAAUGUAAUCGAAAUUACUAAAUUAUUAAAAAAUAAAUGUUUUCGAUUAUAACGAAUACAUUUGACAUAAUAUUCUAAAGUAUAUAACGUC